CUCAUGGGGGAAGAACAACUCCCAAUCCCACCACCAAACAACAACAUCCCCAAUUACCUCUUCACACCGCCAGUACUUCCACCAACCUCAUUCCACCAGCUUCCAUCUUUACUUCAUCAGCCCAUAAUACAACAAAACCCUAAUCAACUUGGUAUGGACAUUGACUGGGUUAGCCUCCUCACCGGUUCCACUUCCAUCACAAAUAAUGGUGAUCAAAUGCCACUGAUUAUGCCUAACGUAUCGACGGUGAUGUCGUCUGGUGCUAGGAAUACCAAUGAAGGAGAGAAUUUUGGAACCCCGAAAGGGAAAGGGAGUGCUAGUAGGGCAAAGAAAGCAGUUCCACCGAGGGUUGCGUUUCAUACGAGGAGUACUGAGGAUGUUCUUGACGAUGGAUACCGGUGGCGGAAAUAUGGGCAGAAAGCUGUGAAGAACAGCAAUCACCCAAGGAGCUAUUACCGGUGCACGCAUCAUACGUGCAACGUGAAGAAGCAGAUCCAACGGCUGUCGAAAGAUACAAGUAUUGUUGUCACGACGUACGAGGGAAUUCACAACCAUCCUUGCGAGAAACUAAUGGAGACCUUAGGUCCUCUUCUAAAGCAAAUUCAGUUUCUAACUAGAUUCUGAAACGGAGGAUUUGGGAUCAAAAUUGAAGACGGACUCGCAGCAACUCCCAGCUUGUUCGCUCUCUAACAUUGUGUACAGAAAAGCAAGAAAAAAAGAAAUGAUAGAGAAAAGGAAGGAUUCAGAAACUUGUAUGUAUUUCUGUAUAUGAACAAGAAACCUCUUCUUUUCGAACCCUCUCUCACUUUGUCAACAACAGAGCAUA